AUGGUCACUAGUACUGCUGAAGAUGUCUUCAUCCACGUUGGACGAGGUGGCGCAGGGAAUAUAACAAGCUCCUCCACGAAAGAGACCCGACGUCCUAGCUAUUCAGCCGAUUCGCAGUCCUUCCGACAGGGUUUCGGCACGCGCAGAUUCAGCACAGGCAUCGGCGGCUCAGGGAACAUCACAACGGCAAGCCAGCUGGAAAAGCAAAGUGAGGCUGAAGAGACGUCUCGGCUGUUGUAUGAUAUGCAAGCGCCGGGCAUCGUUCUCGUCGAUGAAGGUUAUCAUACAGGUAGAGGCGGAUUUGGCAAUAAAUACCAGCCCACCGAAGCUGAGAUUGACGAAGCCCGUCAAAACAACGAGAACAUUCGCAGACAGAGUUUGGCUAGCAUCAAUAAGCGACGCGAGAGUCUUGCCUCGAGUAUGGCUGGUGGUAGUCCGUCUAGCAGUUGGAAUAGUCGGAGAAUGAGCAUUACUGACUCGAUGAAGGAUUUCUUCAAGGGGAGGAGUCCAAGUAAGGCAUGA